ACUUUGAAACAGCCGUGCGCGCCUCGGUGCCGCAGUGGAGGUGGGAACUUCUACGGUAGAGAGACGGCGACGCAUCUUUCCGUGGCGACGGGGGCUCUUCUUUCAUUUUGAACGCAGAAGGGAGCGCGAGGGGGGUGAAAGGGGGAGAGUUGGGGCUGCGUGCCUCUCGUUUUCCUUGCGGGUCGAGCUGGCGGAGAAGACGCCGCCGCCUUUCCGCUAAGCCUAAACUGGAGGGAGGCGACCGCAGGCUCCCAGCUGGACGACAACGCUGGGACGUCAGGACUGGCUGAUUGCGCCAGGAGAGGGGACCCGCUCCAUCAAUCUGCAGAGACCGGAGUACUUCGUUUGAAUCGGCUUCUGCGCAUUGAUGAUGCAGACGACGAAGGAACGAACGCUUGAGCAGACGACAUAACUGCGGGCCAUGCAGACGACGCUCAAGUUCUCCUUGCUACCACUGCUGGUGAUGGCGGCGCUGAUGCCCUCGAUAGAAGCUAAAAUCGAACAAGUGAAAAGGGCCUGCGUCGAAGUGGAAGUCGUGGCAGAUCAGUGCGCCAGGAAGCACUACUCGCCUUACAAGCUGGAGCACUCCAAGACGCAGCCGUACGUGAAGAAGUGCUUCUCCAACCGGGCGCACGUCACCGACCUCAUGCUGGACUGUGCCGAACCCAUGGCGUUGGGCAUCUUUCUGACUUGCAGCGUGGAUUCCGUCGCCAAAACUGCGGGCAAGGACGUCCACGACCCGGACUUCAAGAGGCGGACGAAGGCGUUCAAGAUGUGCGUGGAGAAAGGACUACAGGGCACGGUGCCGGCGGAGACGGACCCGUACGAGUUCGACAAGAGGCGGAAGAAAAAGAUCAUACGCCGGCUCGCCGACCCCUCCGGCGAAGGCCUCUUCAACAACGUGUUUCCCCGCUACGCACACGACUACUUGUCUCUCUCUCUCUCUUGUGCCGCCUCCACGAUGGGGGAGGGUCAGCGUGUGUCCUUCCUUGUCCCUUUCAUGCGUGGCCUCAGAGAUCGCGGCACGGGCGCUUGCAGCUCCCGGUCUCGGAGACUACGUUUUCGUGUAGUCAUUUACAAAAAUCACCAGAGGGAACACUGGCGCUGCGAUCGCUAAGCUACCAUGGGAACGAUGGUUUAUCAAACAAAUUCGUCUGCUCGCUUGCAGCUUCAAACGUUACCGUGACGGUCAUUUAUCACGUUCCACAACGCAGCAGGGCAACUAGCCUUUGCGCACAUGCGCAGUCAUUUGCGAAUUGUUGCAUUUAUAACACGUCUCUUUGAAAAUGAUUUUGCGAAGUCACAAAGCCGUUUCGAUUCGGAAGGACGAAGUUUAGGCAAAUACGUGUAACGCGUACUAACCCCCAAUGAUUCCUACGAUGGCUGAGCCGCCAUACUUGCAUCGCCCGUAGAUAAUAGCGUCAGACUCCUCGAGUAACUUUCGUAGAAAACUAUGCCUUUUUUGUCGGUUUAGUAGAGUGUUCCUUCACGCUGCUUUUGUCCCCACCAGCUGUCAACUCUAAGCACGUGCUAGCUAAGCCGUGCGGCCAACUAGCAUGUGCAAUCCUGCCGAACGACCGAGAGGGCAGCGACGAGAUAAAACUCACUAAUCUCAGAAUUUUAGCGAAGACGCGACGAGUCGGAAAGAAUGGAGGCAAGCAGCAGCGUCGGUGGAGACACCUUGCGACGGCAUUUCGCCCUAGUGGAAUGCCAACUAUGUUAUAUCACUUAUGCUUGGGCGCAAGAUUUCGACGUCACCGUAAUUUUUCACCAAAUAGCUUCUUUUGUGGCUCUAAUUCUUCGAGGAAUCGGCGCAAAACAAGAACCGUUUCUAAUGCGUUAUACCGUUCACGAAAUCGUAUGUUGACGCCUGGCCCUGCUCCUCAGAUAUAUUACGCAUUCACUAUGCCGAAUCACAUCAAGGUAAGAAUUGCCAAGCCCGAAACCAACCCUCUUGCAGCGAAGACGUUACCUUGAAGCUGUACAAAACCACAGCCGCCACACGACGAGCGAGAUGCUGGGCUUUACGAUGUACAGGUAGGUCUAGUGACACACAGCCACUACGAGAUAACUCUGCCACCCACCUUCGCACAAACAAUGCCAUACCCCAGUAUACUGGCUCGCCAAUUACAAAAAAAAAAAAAAAGAGAAUAACAAGUUUCUAGGUACCAUAAAAUGUGCUUUGAAACAAAACGCGAAAACCGGCCGGCCGUGUAAUGCAGAAAGGUCCGCCUGCACGCAGACAAACGAUGGAAUUUUGUUCACAAAUUGAGAAAUUAAGAAAACGCCAUGAAGGAAAACCGGCUUUGUACAAUAAAAUGUAAACUGAAUCAACACGCGCGAAAAAAUAAGAAAGCAGCCGGCCAUAAAGUUAAAUGAGACUUUUGCUUAAAAGUGAGCCAAAUACAUCGGAAGCGAAUGGGUCAAUACGAAAUGGGUUUUUGUAACACUGUUGUAUAGUUAACGUUAAAUUGGCUCAUUUCGACACACCCGAGUUGUCAAACGAUGCCUAUGAGUGUCCUUUUCAAUACCAGCAAGGUUACGAUUUCUGGAAGUGGCUCAUUUAAAAACUCAAAUGAGUACCGACAUGACGUGUACCACUUUCAUUUCUUUCAGUAAACAAAGGUCCUCGAUCUCUAAAUACCCUAGAUAAAAAUAAUGGCAAGCCCCGGAGCGCCAUAAACAAUUUACUACACUACAAAAUAUGCUCUGCGAAAAGUUUCACAUCCCAGGAGGUGCGCGUGUUCCGACGUAAUGAUGCGGAAGGUGGUCAGGUGAGCGCUGGGGGUAUGCUGCAAGGGUCCAAGAGUGGGCUGUCCAUUUCGGCCGCUGCUGAUGGUAUGCAGUCGUACGAGAUAUGAGGAGACGAGCGGCCCUAGCCAAUCAGCAGCGGCCGAAAUGGAGUCCACUAUGUGUACUCUUGCAGUAUACCCCCCCCCCCCCCGACAUAUUUUGACACUCGCCCUGGCUGCGUCAUCGUGAUGCACAAUGAGCAGCAGCAGACAAGAGUUCCUCACUUAGAGGGAAAUCUGGCGCCACGGCCUAUGGAAGUUUCUUAAGGGGCGCCGUGCCGUCAUGGGAAUGACGGUGUAUGUGUGCGAGGCUCGUGUUGUAAGAGGCUUCGUCUAAAACGUGGAUAUGACUACACAAAUGACGCGUUCUCAAAGUAAAACCUUCAUAAAAUGUUUCCAUUCACGCACAUUACAUCUUUACUCGCCUACAAUGCAUGACCAAGCGAAGAAAAGCAAGAACAGACGACAAACUGUUUCAAAGAGAGUGCGAAUCGGACCGCUGAUACUUUUUACGUAUCAUAUAAUUGUACAUGCAAUGACAAGUUCUCAUAGUUAACAAACCUGCUUUUGUGCAAUAAUAAAGCUAAAACAGCUUUUUACGUGCUGUCUCAGAAAAUGAAGCAUUGUGACAGAAGGAACGGUGCUUGCAAGGCGCAUCUUCAAGGUGUUCUGGCUCUCCGAGAACGAUGCCAAUCCGAAGUCACAAUAUACCGGAAUUCCCCUGCAUACCACAGCGCAGCAGCGCCAGAUUUCCCUUUAGGUAAUAUAGUGAGAAACUCUAUGGCAGCAGAUAACCUGAAACCUUUUAAACUUCGUAAAGUAGCGUCACGCUUUGAAUGCCGCCUCCUCCUCACGCGCUCUGGCCGACGCCGCUAUUGGCCUAAUAGCGUCACGUGGGCCUUCGCGCCGUGCAUGAGCGCCAUUUAUGCUCGAGAAGCGUCUACGGAGUGGCGAGGGGCGCCGUUGCUACGCUCGAGCAGUGUAGGCGGCGCCACGGUCUAGGGAGCGUGAGAGAGAAACGAGUGAAGGCGGAGGAGUGUCGCUACUUCACUAAGUUUAAGGGGUUUUAAGAUGCACCGAGUGCACCGGAGCAAGCGCUAGCUUGUCGCUACGUCCUGCAGCUCCUGGAAAAGGAGAGAGACAGUUCGCAGGAAGGCCCUGUAUAGCAAGGUCACUGUGAUGUCUGACGUCAUUAGGACCUUUACUCGACGAAAAACAACAGCGAAAGUUGAAAUAUCACUAUAAAGCAAACAUGCAGUUGCCACAGUAAUUGGCGCCCGCGGAAGUGUGCCAAUGCAACACGCAGGCGCUAUCAGGCUCAAUGGAAGAUUCAACAAGGGACCCGCUGCCGAGUGGACUCCCGAGACUGCAUGGCAGA